AUAACAACCAUGUCGACCGUGCGCAUUGGACGUGAUGACUCUAAGCCUUCCCGGCACUCCCAUCAUGACCAUGAUCCACUUGGACACCUCCAUGUCCAGUAUGAGCGUCGGCAUAAGAUCUCAGUCCCAACUAUUCCCGACCUUAGGUUCGAGCACACAUAUCUCAAGAACAUCAGGCAGCACGUACAUGUGAAGUACAUGCAAACAAAAUCAAUCUCAGACGUGACCGGAAAGAGCGAAGCGCAAGAGUCCUCCCAGGGAACAGAGGUCGUGCAUGUCGCGUGGGGCAAAGUGCUUUGGAUAACGGUUAGAGAGCAGGUCAUUGGCCCUCUAGCGCAGGGACUGCUAUGGGGUGUACUGCGAUGGUAUUGCCUACCAUCCGCCGCCAUUUUUGGGCAGAACUUCCGAGCAUGGUGGGACCGCGGAAACACUCUUGCCUCGAGACAUAGAGGGAAUAGGCAGACGAUUGAUGGCGUUAGGAACUGGGUGUUUUCGAAGCCGAGCUAAAGUUCAGAUUGAUAGGCUCGCGUCCGCCACUUCCAGACCGAAAUCCCCCGCUUGACUCCUAAAUUGACCCUUGUAGACCCUUGUGUCGCAUAUCUUGGCUAUACAAC